AUGACCAUCGUGAUGGUACUGGUGAUGAUUGGCGUGUUGAAGAGCAGCAAGGCUUUGGCGUUUACCUUCUUCGUCGUCGGGGUGCUGCCGCCCGAGGAGAUGGCUUUGCUUUCCGUUGCAAGGUCGGACCAGGACAACCGCCUCUCCUGGCAGAGUUUUCUGUUGGGCGCUGCGGCCGCAGGUUCCAUUUACGUCAUUGGGAGGGACCCCUGCUUCUUGCAGAGCCUUCGAGACUCCGUGGCCAUGCUCACCCACCAGAACAAGCGCCUAUCGACGAGCAACGUCAAGUUGGAGAAGCAACUCCAGGAGCUGGCGGGAGUUGACCAGAAGUUCGCGGCAGUGCACAAGCAGCUAGACACUGAUGCAGACUCCGCACUGGAGCUACUGCGGAACUUGGAGCAUCACAGCCGGGUGCAGGCCGUGGUCUCCUCUCUCAGCUUGUUCUUGCAUGCGGACAUGGACAAAAGCGGCAGCUUGCAGGAGGAGGAGGCGGAACAAUUCCUUCUGGGCUUCACGCAGCUGUGGGAUUUGAUCCCGGACUACCCCGAGGAUGCAGUUCAGGCCCUCGAGGGCGAGCUUACCUUUGAGAUGUUCUCGGACCUGCUCCGCGCGGUGGUUCAGGAGGACGCACCGAAGUGCCGUAGCAUCCUGGACAACAUCCUGCACCAGGACGAUGACGACGAAAUUAUCAUGGCAGCGCCCUCGCCGGUCUAUGGUGCGCGGCAGGCUACGCCGAAAGAGGAUCUUGAAAGUGGGAGCGACAACAGUCGUCCGGACGAAGAUGAUAAGAUGAAACCCUGGCUGACGGUUGGUCCUCUGCAAAUUUGGGGCCUCUUGCACCUCGGGGCCAUCCUGCUGGUUCUGCUGGCCGGCUUUUGCUUUUUCUGGGACGUGAUCUUCCUGGACUUUUCAGCUUCCACAAUCGCCUUUCUGAUGCUCAUCCUUGGUGGUGGGCUGGCCUUGCAGGGUGAGCUGCUCGUCAUUGCGAAGCGGCUGCGAAAGGAAGUGGGUGUCUACAAGGAGGAGAACACGAAGCUCGCACAGUCGGUGGAGGAGUUGACAGGCCGGGUCAAGCGCCUUCGCUCCAUCCAGAAAGGCUUGGAAAACUUGCACGACAAGUUUGGCGAUAACGCCAGGCGUGCGCAGCAAUUGGCGCGCAAAGAGUCGUCGCACUCGAAAACACACCUGGUCAGUGUGACCUUGGAGCUUUUUGCGCGUGCGGACGAGGACGGCAGCGGCAAGCUGGAAGGACAGGAGUUGGAAGAGUUUCGCACCACUUUCGAGGAAGUGUGCGAGAACAUUCCAGGUUGCAAUAUGCAGGGCAUCCGGCAGAUUCUUUCAGUGGACGGCCUCACUUUGAAACAGGUUCACAGGCUGGUGGAAGAUGUGCUGAACCGUUCUCCCGCGUAA